AAUGGAAAGAAAAAGUAGAAAAUGCAAAAAGUAAUACUAAAUUAGGGGUUAAGUGCUUGCAACUAUAUAUACCAAUAGAUUAUAGAUUAGUGCAUUUGACCCUAAAUUAGUUUAUAGUAUGAUAUUAUUUGUUUACUAAAUCGAUUCAAAUCGAAUUGCAAACAUCUCUAGGUGUAUCUAAAAAUUAUUUUGAUCUUAUAAAAAAGUUCAUUAUUUUAUUUUUAUACAAAGUAAUAAAUAAAUAAAAAUCAAUAUUAUGUUCUUCUUCAAUUGAUUGUGUUCAUCAUUUUUAUUCUCUCAAGUCAAUGGCAAGCAUGAUGAUUGGUUCCACAAGGAAUAUGACUGAAAGGUGGGUUUCCCAAAUAAACUGUGGCCACCAUGAAAUUGAUGUGGAAAGAGAACUUGUAGCAACUGCUGGAGAGAUAAUAGCAAAAGCAAGUUUUGGAAUGGGAGAUGAAAAUGGAAAGAAAGUAUUUGAUCAACUAAGAGUUUUGCAAAUGACCCUUUUUGAGACCAAUAGAUAUGUGGGGGUCCCAUUUGGAAAAUUCUUCAAUCUCAAGAAAACUCAAGAAGCCAAAAAAAUUGGUAAAGAAGUUGACAAGCUGUUAUUUUCCAUCAUAGAAUCUAGAAUGAAUUCACAUGAUAAGAUACAUCAUAAACAAGAUUUGUUGGAUUAUUUGUUGAAAGAAAAUAAAGAGUUGGAUGGACAAUUGGAGAAGGCAUUUACCAUGAGGGAAUUGGUUGAUGAGUGCAAGACAUUUUUCUUUGGUGGAUUUGAGACCACAUCACUUUCAAUCACAUGGACUUUGCUACUUCUAGCUUUGAAUGAAGAUUGGCAAAACCAAUUGAGAGAUGAAAUUAAAGAAGUGGUUGGCAAUAUUGAAGAACUUGAUAUCAACUUGCUUGCUGAUUUAAAGAAGAUGAAAUGGGUGAUGAAUGAAGCACUUAGACUCUACCCACCAUCUCCAAAUGUGCAAAGGGAAGUUAAGGAAGACAUUCAAGUAGAUAAUUUUAAGGUGCUUAAAGGGACCAACAUUUGGAUUGAUGUUGUAGCAAUCCAUCAUGACAUGACAUUAUGGGGGAGUGAUGCCAACAAUUUCAAACCACAAAGGUUCAUGAAUGAUGCCAAUGGAGGAUGCAACCACACAAUGGGAUACUUGCCUUUUGGUUUUGGAGGGAGAACAUGUGUUGGUAGGAACUUGACCUUCAUGGAGUAUAAGAUA